UCGUGUUGACAAAAAACAUGAAUUCCUUCCCGCCAAAUAUCAGGCAUUCAUUUCUUCUUAUUCAUCCGAACUAAAGAUUUGCGAAAUGGUUGCUACGCCAAACAAGGAAAAUGCCUUGCUUUUGAAGGAGGAGGCCAAGAAUGAGCCAUCGGAGAAGCCGGUUAAUCGGGAUGAGGAGCAAUAUCUGGACAUGCUGCGACACAUCAUCGCAAAUGGUGAGGAGCGAAUGGACCGGACAAGGGUUGGCACUCUAUCCGUCUUUGGCAGUCAGAUGCGGUUUAACUUGAGGGAUUCUUUUCCUUUGCUGACGACCAAGCGCGUCUUCUUUCGCGGGGUGGCCGAGGAGCUGCUCUGGUUCGUGGCGGGCAAGACGGACGCCAAGCUACUGCAGGCGAAGAACGUUCACAUCUGGGAUGAGAACUGCACUAGAGAGUUCCUAGACAAGCUGGGACACACGGAGCGCGCCGUGGGUGAUCUGGGACCGGUGUAUGGCUUCCAGUGGCGCCACUUUGGGGCGGAGUACGGAACCUGCGACGACGACUACACAGGCAAGGGCGUCGACCAGUUGCGCCAUGUGAUCGACACCAUUAAGAACAACCCGUCGGACAGGCGCAUCAUCAUGUCGGCGUGGAAUCCGUUGGACAUACCGAAAAUGGCUCUUCCUCCGUGCCAUUGCCUGGCGCAGUUCUACGUUUCCCAAACGCGCGGUGAACUUUCCUGCCAGCUGUACCAGAGGAGUGCCGACAUGGGCCUGGGCGUACCCUUUAAUAUCGCGUCCUACGCCCUGCUCACCUACAUGAUUGCCCAUGUAACGGGUCUCAAGCCGGGCGACUUCGUGCACACCCUGGGUGACGCGCACGUCUAUCUGAACCACGUGGAACCACUGAAGGAGCAGCUGACGCGCACUCCACGUCCCUUUCCCAAGCUAGUGAUUAAGCGCCAGGUGCAGGACAUCGAGGACUUCCGCUUUGAUGACUUUGAGAUUGUCGGCUACAAUCCCUAUCCGAAGAUAAAGAUGGAAAUGGCAGUGUAGAAAACUAUAUUACUUCUAAAAUUCUUAAUCUUCUCCCCCUUAUAUGUAUUAAGCUAAAAAUUGAAAAGCCAGUGAUCCAAUUUCAAAUGUAACAUAAAUAUUAAACGAUUUAAGCAGAUUUUAAUUAUGUCCUUAUUAAAAUCUAUAAUUUAUCCGCUGUAUUACUAAAAUUCGAAUAAAAACUUUGGAUUGUAAGCACAUGAAA